ACUCUGCCACAUGAAACUGGUAGCGCCACUGGUAGCAGGCAGCCAGCUGGCAUGCAUGGCCAUCCACCCCAUGUCUUCUGUUGCUCUUCUUGCUGCCACUUGAACCACAAUCUUCUUACAACAACAAUUCGUCACUCACCUUCAGUCAUCUACCAUCUAUUGCGCAGCAGUGCCAGUAUUGUUGGCACACCAGCAUCCUAACCACCGACGUGAGGCACCGACCACCAACGACUCCUGCCUGAACAAUGGUAAGUCAAUGUCGGCCGCACGUUCCAAUGACACCUGGUGCCUUAUACUGAGUUACGUUCAACGUAGGACCGCGUCACCUCCAAGCAACUCUUCGAGAGCAGGCGUCGGGUCACUCGCUUCCAGGUCAAUGUCAUCAAGAAGACCUUCCCUUUUCUCCUUCUGCCACCGGAGCUCCGCAACAUGGUCUAUGCCUUCGCCAUAGAUCUCACGACCCUGAACCAAUUCUUCGACAAGGAUUUAGAAAAAGCUGUCUGUGUCAAGAAGACCAAAUCGCCCCGCAAGCAACGCGCGUCGCUCAAAUCUACGCCUCCGAUCUUCUUGGUCUGCAAGCAGAUCUCGAACGAGGCAUCGUGGGUGCUCCAGAAGCAAGGUGUCACUUUCCAGCAUGGACUCCUGGGCCACAGACUUGAGGAUGUCAUCUCUCCCAACGUUAUUCGCAAGCUAUCCAGCAUCGAGAUCACAGAUGCUGGCCAUGGCACGACCGACCACUGGGGCCGAACGGUGAGCUGGUUUGGGUACAUCAACCUACUGAAGCAACUCGGUGAGCUUUUGAGCACCGGCGAGCACAAGCUUAAGAAGUUGACCGUAGAGCUCAACGCUCCUGGGCUGGUGGAGCACAUGACAAUUUGUCACGAAAGCGGCAGAUUCAAGUGUGGCUUCCGCGACACAAUGACUAAAGCCCUUGCGACUUUGAGCAAAGCACGAGGUAUCGGCGAGGUGAUACUCCGCGGUCUCAAUGUCGAUGAAGCUGCUAGAGCCAAGGAGCUCAUGGAAGGUCCGGCAUGCAAAUUCUUCAGCCUUCCUCGAGAGAUCCGCGACAUGAUCUACGAGCACUCCCUCGACUGGUCAGACGUGUCCAACAAGCUCGCCGACGGCCUUGCCGACUGGCCGGACAGGACCGCAACGUUUCCAUUCCCACUUCGAACGACACCCACUGUCCUCGUCGUCAACAGGCAGAUGCAUGAAGAAGCCGCCGAAGUCCUUGCGAAGAAGCCUCUCAACAUCACUUUCCCUGCAGACAAGACUUUCGACGACCAAGACUGCAAGAUCCCAAGCGUCCUCGGCCUCAUCCCUCGUCGCACUCUCGAGCGCGUCACGACGAUACAUAUCAAUAUGCAAGGCUGGUUCUGGGUCUUCAACUUCGAGCCGCGCUUCAUCCGCGCUCUCGCGAAUAGCCAGGCGCUCAAGCAUCUCAAGAUCACCUUCAACGACCACAAGAAGCCCGACUUCUUGGGUUUCCCAGGUCAAGUCUACCCAGAUAACGUCCUUGCUUCUAAACUCAAAGCUUUGACUGAAGUUCGCGGGCUUGAGACUGUGACUUUCGAGGGCGAUUUGCCGGUCGUCUACACAAUUCCACUCGUUACCAUCAUGACUUCUGGACCCGAGGUUCCUCUUCAUGACUUGCCUCGCCCGAUGGGUAUCAACUCUGAAGGCCAUGUGCUUGAUGUUGAUGAUCUGGAACGUCCUUGAAAUGACGCAACGCUACGACUCGACAUGAUCUAACACGAAACGACGCGAUACGAUAUGAAAGAAGCAAGCGCUUCUACGACCGAGCCACGAGCCACGACCGCUUCUUAUCAGACCUUCACCUGCUACGAAGUACGAUCCCACCCGCUUUCACGCGCAUUCUCCGCAUCCCGGCGCAUUUGAAUGAGCUAUCGAUGUUUCUAAGAGACGUGUAGCACGGCAGGUUCUUCACCUCGCUAUCUCUGCCACUUGACAUGACGCUUCAGCUACAGCGGCACCACAGAACACAAAAGAAACGAUACAAAGCAACGCUAUGACUUCAUUCAUGUAUCUCAGCACCAGACGCAGCUACUGACUGCUACGAUCACCACCACGACCGGCGAACUAGAGCAAACUUGCAAACCACAAUUUACCUGGACUUCUUGGCAAUUUCUGAGCAGCACUUCGCUCAUUAUUCGGUCAGAUUGAGAAUUGGCUAGGGCUGUGGCAAGAGGAACAUUUGGAUGAAAGAAGUACGACAGAG